AUGACUUCUGAUAUUUCACCGUUUUCCGCCCUACCUACUGAGCUUAUCAUAAAGGUCCUUAUGGAAUUACCCGACCUUCACUCUAUCCAUUCAUUAAGUAGGGCCUCCAGACGCGUGUAUGAGAUUUAUCAAGAUCCGCAAUUGCAAUUGCAGAUAAUAAGAUCAUUGAUACUCCAAGCCGGCGACUUCAGUGCUGAAGCAAAUCUAUACAGUCUCCUUCAGACACUCAAAUAUAUCAUCAAAGAAAAGAUGGAUGGAUGGAAGCCAUUCGCAGAAAAUGGGUACGAGCAGCUGCUCAUUCCAUUUGCAAGGGUUUUGGCAUGGUCAUAUGCCUCCAACAAACGCAAACCUGAAGCUGUUCGUCUUCUCAAAAAGAUUAUAAAUCAGGAGGAGCCAUUCAAUUCGAGGGAUAGUCUGCCAAAAAGCUCCUUGACUUUUCUACCGCUCAGAAUGCUAUUACAUCGGUUACGUCCGAAAACCCAGCCCCCUUCUAUGACACAAUUGGAAAGGCUCCGAGAAGAUGUACCAGUCACUGAGGUCCGGCCGGGGAGUGUCAAAUGGGAUGUGAUCUCUGAAGAAUCCCGACAAACUGCUCUGUCACAAAAGGAAAUCAUCUUCAAAAAGGACCUGAUUAUGAUCAAAUGUAGUCCAAGGAGAUCAACUCUUACUGCACCUACCAUAUAUUCCAUGAGAUACCGCUGGGUGUCAGUUUGUGAGCAUAGGACCGACUCAGCAUCGGUAACGGCUCAAACAUCUAUAGUAUCCAUUGGUCGGCGCUUAGCAUUGAUGAGCUCAGCCAAUGGAUUGCUAUUUUUGACAAUCGACUUUGUCACAUUACUUAGUUAAUGCUCACAGCAGGGAACCAUUGGUUGAUUAUUGACCCACCAAUGUCUCAGAUCUCUUAGAGAACCGAGUCACUGAUAAAUAAUGCCGCCUUACCAGACCACGAUAUUUACUUCAUGCGUUGACAGCGAUUUAGCAUCAGAUCCGCUUACUAGCUUCAUGCUUCAUUGUCUAUUUGAUAAUGGAUCUUUCUCAACCGCAGACUGAAGAGGAUGUCUCUUCCAAUAAAGUUAAUAGAGUCGGAAAAAAAAAACGCGAUCGUGAGGAAGAAGCGGCUUACAUCAUAAACGACUUGAAAUCUGGAAAGUUCAUCCUUCUUCUCCAAGAAACUCCCAGAGUCAAAAUGAGCCAUUGCCAAGCAUGGCGUUGUAUGCCACGUAAACGAACUGGGAAGCCGGUUAUCAAGUCCCAUUAUCGUUUCAUGCUUAAGGAUAUCUCAGUGUCCUCAAAGCCAAAAGGUGAAUACUAUCACGUCACAUGUCUUGAGCGUCUUCUGCCCGAUUUAUCUGCUCUAGUCCGAGAUGGCCACUUGAAGAUGGAUGGCUGUAUUUCCGCACCGUUGACAGCAAAGUGUGCCUUGAAUCAUCCGCGGAAAUGAUUGCAGACUGGUUCAAGUAUGGGGGUCGUACAUUUGACCUUGGAUGCUAUGAAAAUUUCAAGAAGGACCAUCGUGAAUGGGAUGAAGAUUGGAGUGUACACUGUACGGUGGAUCAACCAUCAGCUGGGCCAUGGAGAACAGCCAGACAAUACAUGCAACUACUGUCAGUCUCUACCAAACCCAGAAGAACCGAAAAAAUCGGACUACUUUCCAGAAGAGCCUCCUGUGAUUUCAUUAAGUCGGUUGUUGGCGUCGGUGAGCGGACAACCACAUAUUGACAAAUGGUGGCGCUGGAGAAAGCGGCCAUAGAAA